AUGUCGCCAAUCGAAGACGACGAUGAGAUACCACAGCUUUCCGGCGAUGCUCUUGCCGCGCUGAAAGAAUUUUAUGGCGAGCGGGAUGCACGACAAAAGCAGUUUGAGGAACUAAAAGGCCAAGCCGAAGAUGACUUUGAGGGGAAGUUGUCCAUGGACGCCUUCACCGAAGACUGGAAUGCAAGUCAAUUUUGGUAUAGCGACGAGACCGCUAUGGUGCUUGCGCGACAGCUUCUGGAUGGUGCGACCGAUGAGACAAGGAUAGCAGUCGUGUCUGCUCCGAGUGCUUUCAUCCAGCUGAAAAAUCUACUGAAUUCGGGUGAAGUCAAGUGCCGGCCGCAGAUCAAAUUGCUGGAGUUUGACGAACGCUUUGCCGUCUUCAAGGAGUUCGUGCGCUACGACUUCGAGAAGGCGAUCCAGCUACCAGCUGAGAUGAAGGCCUCAUUCGAUGUCAUCAUUUGCGACCCGCCAUUUCUAAGUCAUGAUUCUGCUUUGACUGUACGAUGGUUAGCCAAGUCAUGGACGCAAGAUUCUCUGCGUCUCAUUGUCUGCACUGGCGAGCGUAUGGAAAGUCUGGUUACAGACAAACUAUACGGGAAAGUAGGAACCAAGACGACUGAUUACGAGAUCAAGCACGCCAAAGGACUGAGCAACGAGUUCAGAUGCUACGCGAACUUUGAGUGCCCAUCGUGGAAGUGGGCAAAGUCAUGA